AUGUUACAAUGCUUUACUGAUUGCGCUCAAAAUAAUUCAUCAUCAUCAAAUAAUAAUUCGGUGGACAAGAACAGUAAAUAUCAAGAGGAUAUUGAAUUUUCCAAACAAGAGCUGAAUCAUGGAAUUGAAGUUCUUGCAGAGAAGAUUCGGAAUAUUGAUGAUCAUUCGAUUGUGGUUUUGACUGGAGCUGGAUUGUCGACUGCUAGUGGAAUUCCAGAUUUUAGAACUCCUGGAAAGGGAUUGUUUGUGAAUGGAAGUUUAGAGAAAUUUAAUCUUCCUGAUCCAAUGGCUAUAUUCGAUUCUGAUUAUUUUCAAACUAAUCCUGAACCAUUCUUUGAAUUAACCAGAGAUUUCGUCACCACAGGAUAUAAACCAUCCAAAGCUCACUAUUUCCUCAAGUUAUUAGAAAAGAAAAACAAGUUACUGAGAUUAUACACUCAAAAUAUCGAUGGAUUAGAAACUAAAUCAGGAAUAUCUAAAGAAUUACUUGUGAAUUGUCAUGGCAUGUAUGAUACAGCCAAAUGCCAACAUUGUAAAAAGGAAUAUCUUCUUCCAACAGUGAUUGAAAAACUGGGAACUGACAAGGAUGUCAAAAUUCCAAAAUGUGACGAUUGUGGAAAUGUAAUCAAGCCAGAUAUUGUGAUGUAUUCAGAUGAUUUACCAGAAAAAUACUUUUCAUGUUUAAAAGAUGAUUUGAAAACAACUCCUAAAUGUCAACUCUUCAUUUGUAUUGGAACUAGUUUAUCUGUCAUGCCAGUCUGUCGAAUGCCAUACUUUAUACCAGAAGGAGCCACUCGAGUUUUAAUCAAUCGUGAAAGAUGUGGUGUUUUUACACAUAUCAAAUCACCAGUGAGAGAAAUUCAUGAAAAGCACAAACAUUUAGAUUUAUUUCUUGGUGGGAAAACAAUGACAAUUGACCAGGCUAUUGAAAAAUUAGCAAAAGCUUUGGGGUGGAAAUCUGAAUUGAAUGCUCUUGUAAAGAAAGGACCUAUCGAUUUAUUAAAACAAUCUCAAUAG